CUCUUUUGACUCUCUUGCGCUUCGCCAAGAUCUGUUCUUUAAUCAAAGCUCUCCGUCCACAAAACCCAAACAUCUCUCCCCAGUGCCCCUCCCUGGCAUACAAACACCAUUACUACUGUUAUUACUCUUUUAACCUCUCUAUUUCUUCACUGCUCUUUUCAACUGUAGUAUUACCAAUAUCUUUUCUCAAUCUUGUAACCGCAAAUGUCGUCAGUUUUAGCUUCUUGUGGGGUGUACUUUUUUGUCCAAGUUUCAGUUCAUAAACCCUAACAUUUUUGCUCUGAGUAGUUACUUCUUGUCCUCCAUUUCUUUUACAAGUUGAGAGAAUACGCCCCCUGAAAUCAAAUCAGGAGUACAGAAGAAAGGAAGUUGCUUGAAGUUUUGCGAUUGGGUUCUAUGGAUAAAGAGUAAAUGGUGGGAUUGACUGAUAUGGUUCAGAGUGUGUGCCGUUUGCACAUCUUGAAUAAAUAUCCGUUUGGGCUGAGUCGUCUUUGCUCAUCUCUAUUAUGGGAAAUGGGUGAUUUGCUGUCCGUGGAAAGGAAAAGGAAUUGCAGAUUGUAAAGAUUUCCAGAGGAUAUAAAUGGAGGUAGAAAAGAAACGCCAAAAGGGGGGCUUGCUCCACUUGUUUGAUUGGAAUGGAAAGUCGCGGAAGAAGCUUUUCUCUAAUAAUCCUGCAUUGCCUGAAGGAACAAAGCAAGGGACUGGAAUACCUGGAAAUAUGGUGAAAUUGCAGUCUAAUACAAUUGGGGCAGAUGACAAUCGAGCAAGUUCAAGUAACAAAGGAAGUAGUGAUUUUAGUUGUGCUUCAUCAGUCACUAGUGAUGAGGGACAUGGAACAAGAGGCCCUGGGAUAGUUGCUAGACUUAUGGGUUUGGAUUCAAUGCCAAAUUCAAAUGCUUGUGAGCCAUGCGCUACACCAGUUUUUGACUCUCACAUGCUUAGAUCAUCUCAAUAUGACAAGAGUUCAUCUGGUUUGCGAAGAGAAUAUCAUUCCACAGACUAUUUCAACAUUCCAAAUAAUAAGCUGGAAAUAUUUCAGUGGAAUCAUCAAGAAUCAAGGCCACACAAGUCACUGAAACGGCCAACUGAGAGGUUCCGGACUGAAAUGCUACCCUCAAAGUCAGCUAAAUCCAUCCCAAUAACCCACCAUAAACUCUUGUCUCCCAUCAGGAGUCCUGGGUUCAUUUCCACAAAGAACGAGGCUUACAUAGUGCAGGCAGCAGCAAAGAUGAUUGAGUCAAGUCCCAGGGCAGCUGGCAAGGAAAAAUUGUCAUCAAUUGGACCUUCUUCAGUUCCCCUUAGAAUUCGAGUUUUGAAGCAGAAGAUGGAAGCUGCACAUACAGCAUGUAAGCGUGAAAGAUCGAAUGAGCCAAAUGGUGUGAAGUGUAUGAAUGGGCAGGGUAGAGGUAAAUCCCAUGGAGAACCUAGAAUCUCCACUGCACGUAAGGUUUCAGAACAUUGUACUUCUGACAACGUGAUGAAUAAGGUGAAAUCUGUUUCCCUUGCAGUCCAGGCAAAGGUCAAUAUACAGAAAAGGGAUGGAUCAAAUUGGAGUAGUAAUAUGAAGCCUAUGAACCAGAAAGAAGGGAAUGGGGACAGACCAAAGCAACCAUUAUGGAGCCAGUCAGGUAGGCAAAGGACUCUCCACAAUAAUACUUCUGAAAGUAGGACUAUAAGUGUGCUCCGACAUAAUAAUCAGAAGCAGAAUCGUGUAUCAAAUAGAGAUAGUUCAAGAUCAAAGUCUUCAGUCUCCAAUCAGCGAGGCAAAAGAACUCAUUCCAUGGACAAUUCAAAUAGGAUGGUAAAUAAGGUGGUUUUAGAUCCUGAAAAUAGGUUGAGAGAGAUGAACUGUGCGGUAACUGAUUCCACAAAAGAGCUUUCAUCAUCUAAACCAAAGAAUGCAACUCGGAAGAAAUGUCCUGUAAAUGCAGAUGAUCAUAUUGAUAACAGUGUUUCUAAUAAUGUUUUGAUCACCAAAGAUGAAAGGUAUGUAAAAUGUAAUGUUGCAAUUGAUGGGUGCUUGAAUGAGGGUGCAGACAAUAUGAAACAAGGGAUGGAUGUUGUUUCAUUUACGUUCACAUCUCCCUUAUCAAAAUCCAGGCCUGAUCCCCAGUCUUCCAGUUCAGUGUCAGGAAACACCAACAGGUGUGGUCUUGGUCCUCUCAGUAAUGAUGAUCAGUCUCCCUUCCAAGAUUCGAUAUUUUCCUCUUCUGGCCUAAAUAUAAUUGGCGGCGAUGUUUUAAGUGUCCUUCUGGAACAGAAGCUCAGGGAAUUAUCGUACAGGGUUGAGGAGUCUUCUGGUUCUGCUUUACGAAAUCCAGUGCCCAUGCUUAAUGUAGUGCGCACCACACGAGAAGAGCAAAACAGGUUGCUUCAACUCAGUUUUGAAAAAGAUAAACCAGGAAUUCGAGAUGACUCGGGUUGUUAUACAAUUGAUGACUUGAAGCUUAGUGUGAAUCCGAAAUGGCAGCAGUUGGAGGAGAGCGAAGACCACAACAACUGUGCCAAUAGCAGUGAGGAUGGACAAGAACUUGACUGUCUGCUCCAGAGCCCAGGUCAAAGUUACUCUGAGGAUACAAACACUGCCAGUGGAAGCAAGUAUUCUUCAUUUUCUCAAGCUCAAGAAGCAUUUGACUGGCUCUCAGUGGAAGAUUCUCGACAAGAGGAAGGUAACGCAGAGUUAUCUGACUCAGCCUCUUCCAAACCUAGGGCCCAUGCUUCCGGAUUUUAUAAAGUUGGAGCAUUCAUGCCAGUAGUAUUUAAGGAAGCAAAUGAAUGGGAACUAGAUUAUGUGAGAUAUGUACUUGGCAGCACCGAGCUCUCAUUGAAAGAUUUUGCAUUAGGCAAGAACCCUAAGGUCAUAGACCCGGAUCAUUUUAAUCAGUUGGAGAAUCAAGAAAUCGAACCUGACGAAAAUGAGGAAGAGCAAUCCAAGCUUUGUCGAAAGCUUUUGUUUGAUUGUGUGAGCGAAUGCCUCGACUUAAGAUGUAGCAAAGUCAAUGUUGGGAGCUGCAAAGCAUGGAUUAAAUUGUCUACAUCAUUUCAAAAGAAGAAAUGGUUGAUAGAGGAAGUGUGUAAAGAGAUUUCAAGUUGGAAAAGCAUGGAAGACCUCAUGAUUGAAGAGCUUGUCGACCAGGACAUGAGUUCUUACUAUGGAAGAUGGCUUGACUUUGACAUAGAAGCAUUUGAAGAAGGUGUAGAGAUUGAGAAGGGUAUAUUUACUUCUUUGCUUGAUGAAGUGUUUGGUGAGUUACUGCAUUUUUAGGAAAACUUGUGAUCUUGUAUAAUUUUCAUAUUGGUUAGCAAGAAAAAUAUGUUGAUAACAGGGAUUUACCAUCAAGUGAAAUGUGAAGAUUUUCCACUCAAGUUCAUGUCUGUCAA